UUUGAAGACUCUGCAUCAUUUCAAAUGUUCUCAAGAUUCCAAGUUAAAGAAAAACGUCACUAUAUUCCAGGUAGUAUCGUGGCAAAUAAAAUUCAUUUUCAAGCGUCACUUUGCUAAAUAACGAGCUAAUUAUGGUUUCGAAGUAAGCUAGUGUCAUAGUGUUCCUUUAAAUCAUUUAUUUAAUUGAAAUCUUAAUAAAAGCUCGAAAGUUUUGUCUACCGGAGAUGUUAUUAUUUGUGGCUAUUUGAUGAAAAGCAGACGUAUUGAAUUGUUGCGUAAACUCCUGUGGAAUGUAUGUUCAUUGCUGUUUUGUUUUCUUUUAAACGAAACUUUAAUAAAACAUCUUUAGCUUCACUGUAUGAAACAUUCGUCAGAAUCCAGUGUUCUAGACUGGAAAAGAAGAUACUUCAUUCUAUACAAAGUUCAUAGUCAAAAUAAAACUGAAAUAUUUUUUGAUUAUUACAAAGAUGAAACGGUGACAAAAUUCAAGGGUCGUGUUGAUUUAGAACAUUGUGAAUGUAUUAUUGAAAAUGUGAAUAUUGGUCAACCAUGUGCAUUUUCAAUUUCAACAUUAUUUAAUGGAAAUAAAAGAAUUUAUUAUUUUAUAGCAGCAAAUAAUAAAAUCAUGUCUGAUUGGGUGCGUCAUUUAGCUCAUGUCGCUGAAUUAGUUGAUGUUUCUACUACAAAUGUCACUCCCAAUCAAAGAACUGUUGUUGAAAACAUUAACAGCAACCGAAGUGCUGGUGGUGUUUGUAAUGAACUGCCUUUAUUUGAGAGACCGUCCAAAAUUUCUCCAGAUAAUAAUGCUCAUGGUAAUAAUAAUGAUAAUGGCGUACAUUCCAGGAAUCCGAAUGGUGGAGAAAUAGGGACUAAGUCCCCUAAUAAUCAGCAUCAAUCACUGAGCAAUAAUCAUGUGAAUAGAGAUAAUGAUAAUGGUGAAGAUGAUUACAAAGAGGUUAUCGGUGGAGUUGAUUACUUAUUGUCUGGUUCUGAAUUAUUAUUAGACGAUUAUCAUCAUCUUCCGGAUUCACGUCACUCCUAUGUAAAUCUAACUAAUGCUGUAGUAACGGAGAAAGAAUUCAAUAUAAAUUAUUCUUCAUUGCCUAGAAUAGAUAAAAUGAAACAAACCACCGGUGAUAUUACAUGCAAAUUAUCAAAUGAAAACAUGAAUAAUCAGAAGAACAAAUAUCGUCAUGUAAACAAUCCUACUAGUACUUCUUCCAAAAACUCUUUAAAGCACCAAAAUUCCUCUAACAGUGUCUACUAUAAUGUCUGGGAUUCUGAAGAUGGGUCUAAAGUUACUACUACUACUAACAACUUUACUGCUGUCACAACUGAUUCGAUUGUUGAUUCAGAAAUUUAUUUAAAACGCAAUAAUCAAAUUACACAGAAUACAAGAAUUUAUCGUAAAAGUCAUUGUGCACCAGGAAGUAGUAGUACACUAUCAAAUUCUCCACUUCUUCAUUCAUCAUUUGAUCAAAAAUCUAAUCGUCAAUGUUUACUAAUAAAAACUGGGGCAGGGACAAAAACAAAUCGUAAACCUGCACCACCACCACGUAUGUCACCUUUGAAAUCAUCGUCUUUUACAUUACCAUCUACAUUUACAAAUUCAACUAACGUUUUGUCAGGAUUAAAUUUAGAAUCACCAUUACCAGUUCGUGCAAAAGGAUUGGAUAUGUCUGUAGAUAGUAGUUUAAAUAGUAGUAGUAGUAGUAGUAGUACUUGUAGUGAUGUGAAUAUCUCCAUCCUAAACGACACAACUCAUGAAAAUGCUGAUGAUGAUCGCGGUAAAAAUGAGUUUGAUAAUAAUAACGGUGAUAAUCUGGAUCGAAAUCACAAUAUGAUAGAUAAGGAGAUCAACGAAGACAAUAAAGAGAAUAGAAUACAAUCAGUAGAUCAUCAUUGUAACAUAAAUGUAUUGGAUAAAAAUCAACCAAACUCCAAUAUUAAUCUUACAAAAUCUGGAAUUUCUGUUAAUAAAAUAUCACAUUUAAAUUAUAUUGAACCAUAUAAUUUGGAUUUACGUACUGUUCAAUGUCCAAAGGAACAUAGUAAUGGUGUUGAUGGUGGCGGUAAUUUGUUGUCAUCUCGUGUAACUACACUGACAACAACAUCAGUAUUAAAACUGGAUCAGCUUUUCCUAUCUUAGCAACAACAACAACAGUAAAUUCUGAUAUUUCAUCCAAUGUUACAAGUUCAUCUAAUACUGCUAUAACAUCUGUUUGUUCGAAUUUAUUUGAUAAACAGUUAUCAACAAAUGGUUUACAACAAACAGUAAUUAUGUCUUUGACGCAUCCUCAUUCUUUGUCUUCUUCUUGUUCUACCACUACUACAAUUUUUACUAACAUUAAUCCUCUACUAUCUUCUCAGUCGGAUUCAUCUGUAUUCCUAAAAUCAAAUAAAAUUUUAAUGUCUUGUAAUGGUACUAAUAAUAUGACUACUGUUGCUGCUACUGCUAGUAGUAGUGCUAAUCAACCAGAUGAUGAACAUAUUGAAUAUCGUGAAAUUGAUCCAAUCGGUACAAAUGCUUUAGCUAUUGUCAAAGAACGAUUUGGCUAAUCUAAACACAUAAAUUUAUAUAUAAAUAUUUAUCCUAUAGAUAUAUAUCCUUCUUUGUUGAAUAUGUUCAUAAUAAGAUGGUAACUAUACUGUUGAAUUCUUAUAAUUAUUAAUAAUAUUAUAUAUGGCAGAAGAUUUCAAUAUCCGUUAUUGUGUACUCCGUUUGUGAAGAACAUAAAUGAUGAAUAUAUGUGUAUACAAAGAAUAAACUUUUACUGAGAUCAACUACCACAUACACACACACACACAGAGACGCAGGCAUACGGUAGCAACACGAGUAUACCUAUAUAAAUUCUUCCUUUUGUAUUAUGAGUUGCUUUUUAUCAAUCAUUCAAUUAGACAAUAAUAUAAAUUUAUAAUGGGUG